UUUUACAUUUAAUGUGUACAUUUGUUAUGACAGAAUAUGAUGUCAGCAAACACAAAGAGAUAACAAUAGAGAGGAAAUAGGAGGAUGAGAGAAAGAGAAAUAUAAUCUUUGUUCUUAAGCAGGUCAGGCUCCUUCCCCACUUUCACCAACAAUGCUGCACAUCUCAGCAACUUCUCUGCUUUCUACAGGCACAGUAUAUAAGAACAGCUCAGUUACAAAGAACACUCAGUCAUCAGUGUGAUGGAAAGUUGGGUAGACUGUGCUGCAGUUGUUUAUAUCUCUUAAGGUCUUAAAUCCCCAAAAUGUCUACAGCAUUUCCAUUGUCUAUUAAAUAUGUGAGCCCGGAUAUAAACAAACAGUUAUUAGAAGAUUUUACAGGGGAAAGAACUGGUUUUGUGCAAGUAGGUGAUGACCAGUGGUUUUUCCCAAGCAAGUAUGCAUCUGAAGGAGUUAAUUUCUACAAUUUCAGUGUACGGAAAGAUGACACAUGGGUGGUAACAUUUCCUAGAUCAGGAACAACAUGGACACAAGAAUUAGUCUGGUUGAUAGCAAAUGAUCUUGACUAUGAUACAGCUACCAAAAUUCCUCUGAUUGACAGAUUUCCUUUCCUUGAAUUUAGCGUAUUUGUGCAUGAUGAAGUGAAGAAGGAGCUUCUUAAUCAGUCUGAAGGCAAUCCAGAAAAACAGGCCCUAAUAGAAAAACUCAGUAAGCCAGGAUAUGAAGUCCUUAGUGAAAUGCCUUCACCUCGCUUCAUCAAAACACAUUUUCCAUUUAGUCUCUUGCCACAAAAUCUUUUAGAAGAAGGAUGCAAGGUGAUCUAUGUUGCAAGAAAUCCAAAAGAUGUUGCUGUAUCCUUUUAUCAUCUAAAUAGACUCUUCCGUACACAAGGAUAUCGAGGGGAUUUUAAAAAGUACUGGGACUACUUUGAAAAAAAUCUCCAUCCAUGGACACCUUAUUGGACACAUGUCACUGAAGGAUGGAAGAGGAGGGAACACCCGAAUUUGCUGUUUUUGUUUUAUGAGGAAAUGAAUAAGGACAUUUCAGAAACUGUUGAAAGAGUGGCAGACUUUCUUGGGAAAUCUCUAACUGAUGAACAGGUAUCAGAGCUCACAUCAUAUCUGCAUAUAAAUAAUUUCCGUAAAAACACAGCAGUCAACAUGGAUCAGCUGAAAGACAUUGGACUGCUGCAGAAUGGAGAGCAGGAUUUUAUAAGGAAAGGUCAAAAUGGUUCGUGGAUUGAUGAGUUCACACCUGAGUUGGAUAAAAGGGCAAAUGAAUGGAUAAAAGAAAAUUUGAAACACACUGACCUCAGAUUUCCUGUAAAACUUGUAGAAGAAUAAACAUUAGAAUUUGUUUUGCUAAAUGGUGUCUCUUUUUACUCAAGUUGAAUGGAAUGUAGAAGACCAACAGGAACUACUUGUGAA